AAUCUGCAAAACAAACAAUGUUUCAAGUCCAAGUUGAAAGCCUUUUUUUGCCCUAGCUAACCCCUUUACUCUCUAAUCUUCCUCGAGGCAGUUCUAGUCUCAAGCAACUUUCUUCUCUCUCUGCACAUUUUAAUGUACAGAUGGCAGUGUAAAAAGCAUAAAACUCGAGUGAACAAGUGUUUUUGUUUCAAUUUAACUUGUGUUUUGACUGCUCAAAUUUCAAUUUUCUAGUUUGAUUUGUUCUUCUUUUUUAAGUUAAAAAAUGAAAUAUAUUUUGGUAACUGGUGGUGUCAUUAGUGGGGUUGGCAAAGGAAUAAUUUCAUCAUCAAUCGGGGUGAUUUGUCAGAGCCUAGGCUUAGCCUGCACCGUCAUAAAAAUCGACCCUUAUGUUAACAUUGAUGCCGGUACUUUCUCCCCAUCAGAACAUGGUGAGGUUUAUGUGUUGGACGAUGGUGGUGAAGUUGAUCUGGACCUUGGAAAUUAUGAAAGAUUUUUAGGCUUACGACUGACAUCGGAACACAACAUUACAACAGGAAAAAUUAUUCAAAAAGUUAGUGCCGGCGAAAGAGAUGGUGCAUAUUUAGGACAAACUGUACAGUUUGUGCCUCAUAUUACGGAUGCAAUCCAGAAUUGGGUUACAAGUGUUUCGUGCAAGAAAAUCUUCGAUGAUUAUCAACAAGAAAUAGAUCCACAAGUGUGUGUAAUUGAACUUGGAGGUACAAUUGGUGACAUCGAAUCAAUGGCUUUCAUAGAAGCCUUCCGGCAAUUUCAGUUGAAAGUUGGACCACAAAAUUUUUUAUGUGUUCACGUUUCUUUAAUAAUUGAAUUUCAUAAUGAACAGAAGACCAAGGCAACACAAAGAUCAGUUGGAUCUCUGCGAUCUUAUGGUCUUGUUCCAGAUUUGCUGAUCUGUAGAUCUCAUAAUGUUUUAGCUCCAGCUACCCACUCUAAAGUAGCAGCUGCCUGCACUUUAACGAAUGAAAAAGUUAUUUCAGUGCCUGAUAUGGCUUUAUAUCGUGUUCCUCUGCACUUGGUAGAGCAAGGAAUUCUCGAUAUUCUAAUAAACAAAUUCAACUUGGAUAAAAAUAUUAAAAUAGAUCUCUCCCGAUGGAACAAAUUGCUGAAGGCCAGUGAGACAAACCAUUUAAAUUUAAAAAUUGCCUUAGUUGGGAAGUACACCAAAUCAAAUGAUGCAUAUGCAUCAGUGCUCAAAGCAACUGAGCACGCAGCCACAUCUUUAGGUGCCAAAAUAAAAUGGAUUUUCAUUGAAAGUUCAAAUUUACAAGAAGAUCAAAAAGAAAAUGAUAUUGAUUUAUUCAAUACUGCAUGGGAUAACUUGAAGGAAGCCAGUGGAAUCAUUAUUCCUGGUGGUUUUGACCAAAGAGGAGUUUAUGGAAAAAUUUCUGCCAUAAAAUAUUGCCGAGAAAAUAAAAUCCCCUGUCUGGGCAUUUGUUUGGGUUUUCAGUUACAAGCAGUCGAAUUUGCUCGAAAUGUACUUGCACUUAACGAUGCAAAUUCAAUUGAAUUUGAUCCAAAAACUAUAAAUCCAAUUAUUAUAGAUAUGCCUGAGCAUAAUAUGGGUCGGAUGGGUGCAACAAUGCGACUUGGGUUAAAGAAAACAACAUUUGUCGUCAAAACAUCGAUUCUGAAAAGUUUAUAUAACAAAGAAAUAAUUGAAGAGAGACAUCGUCAUCGAUACGAAGUCAACCCUGAUUUCGUAUCUCGGCUCGAGGAUGCUGGUAUGAUUUUUGUAGGGCGAAGUCCCGAUGAUAAAAGGAUGGAAAUUUCAGAACUGAAAGACCAUCCUUAUUUUGUUGGUGUACAAUUUCACCCUGAAUUUUUGUCUAGACCGUCUAAGCCAUCUCCAGCUUUUGUUGGUUUGAUCGAUAGUGCAAUCAAAUUCAUAAAAAAUUGAAAUAAAUUAUUGAAAGAUCCAUUUUCAUCUCAUCAACAUGAUAUUUAAAAUUCGAACAAACUUGUUGAAAAGAUUUGUGGCAUCACAAGGAAGAGAAGCUCCAUCAGAUCGUGAUAUAUGAUGGGAAAUGUCUGUCUUGGCUUUUGUUUGCAUCCAAUUAUAUUGCUUAUUAAACAAAAUAAUUUAUACCCUC